AUUCGCUGUGAAUGAUCACUCGGUGUCUCGGUGAUAAGACUGGCUUGUUGAUCUCUUCAGCUGGUAGGAAAAAGCCGUAGAAAUUCGCAGGGGACGGAAGGAAAUUUGAUCUGCCGCCUUUCUUCUUGGGCGCAAAUUCAGAGGAACUUUCAACGAGGAACACGACGAGUCCACGAGUCACGCGUACACGGAACCCCGCCGGGAAUUAAUGCGGCCGCCCUCGCCACAACCACCACAAUCCCCGAACCCGUGAGGGAAAAAAAGGCGUCGUGCUCUGGGCUCCGGCCGCCUGCAACCGCCGUCGAUUGCGUGGAGAGUCGGAGGGAGCGAGGGGACGACCGAUGGAGACGGUGGAGGAGGACGUGGAGGAGUACAGCUGGCGGGAGGUGGUGCUGCCGCGCCUCGUCCCCGUGGUGCCCGACGCGCCGCCGGAGCUCGAGCGGGAGACCGGGGAGCGGCGACGCGGCAGGGACCUCCUCGUCGCCGUCGACUUCGGCCCCAACUCCAAGCACGCCUUCGACUGGGCGCUCGCGCACAUCGCGCGCAUCGCCGACACGGUCCACCUCGUCCACGCCGUCUCCAGUGUGCAUAAUGAGAUUGUGUAUGAGAAAAGUCGGGAGCUAAUGGAGGAUCUGGCUAUUGAGGCAUUCAAGACUUUAUUGGUCCGUACCAAGGCGCGAAUUGUUGAAGGGGAUGCUGGAAAAGUUAUAUGCCGGGAAGCAGACCGAUUGAAGCCGGCAGCUGUCAUUCUUGGUACACGUGGUAGAGGAAUUAUUCAAAGUGUGCUGCAGGGAAGUGUCAGUGAGUAUUGCUUCCACAACUGUAAAGCGGCACCAAUUAUCAUCGUGCCAGGCAAAGAAGCUGGUGAGCAGUCUGUGCUUUGAAGGAAGAUAAACGGGAGGCAGUGGUUUAUGUUUGUUGUACUUUCAGUUUAGGUGGUAGAGUGUUGUAUAUUGUUGUUGGAUUGUUGUGGGAACAUGGUUUAGGUGCUUUGUUCGUAACUGAAGUUCUGAACCCUCUGUAUUGUUUGGCUCU